AUGAUAAAACAUUCUAAAACUGCAGCAAACUCAGGUGAUGCAGGGAAUGGUGGAAAAAGGAAGAAAGGUAAGGGGCAAAAUGGUAAUUGUGGUGGUGUAGUCAAUGGUGGAGCAGCAAAUACUACUGGAUUAGUAAAUGAUUAUGAGGGGAAAGGCCAAGGAGUUAAUCUGAGCCCUUCAUUUGAAGAGAUGAGUUCAUUUGUGCCAAAUCAAGGGUCUGAAACAGUUCAAGUGAUGAAUUAUAAUGCAGCUCAUCCUAGUAAAGUAGGGUAUGGUGUAUCAUAUAACGUCCCAACAUCACCUUUUGUUUCCUACAAUAAUAUAAAUGAGCAGUUGGAAAGCUACCAAGUUCAGGCAACAGCAUUUAAUUCCUUUAGUAUUUUCAGUGAUGAAAACCCUAACGGGUGUUCUAUUAUGUAA